AUGGUUCAAAAACAAAAUGUUUUAAAAGGCAAUGAUUGCUCUACUUAUUUUGAAGCAAAAUCCGAAGAUAAUUUUGAAUCUUUAGGCUAUAAUCUUGCAUAUUUACCAAAGGGACAAAUAUCAAUGAAAGCCAGUGAAAAAGAAUAUUUGAUGCUUCUUAUUAAUAUAACGGAUGACACAUAUGAUUUUUUUAAUCAAAGUGGUAUGAAUAUGCAAGCAUUUGAUUCAGAGACUAUCGAACUUCCAUACACAAAUGGUACAUUUGAUAAUAUUUACGCGAUAGUGUACAUUAUCCUAAAAACUCCUGGUAUAGAAAUAGAAAAAGAACAAAAAUCGCGUACCGCCAUAGAAGUGUUAGCAAAUAUCGCCGCUCUUUACGGAGUAACUUUUAGUAUUUAUGCACUCUUAUUUGGAGUAAAAACAAGCAAACCGCUUCUAGCAAAAUUCAUGCCUGCCGAGGAUCCCUCCGAUGAUUCAAAAGUUUAG